AUGUCAUCCAGUGAUUUAAAUAUCUUUGUACUAAAUUACCAAGUACAAAUUAUGAUAUGUAUUCUGCAAGGAUCAGAUCAGAGGGUGUUGCACCAUUGUUUACUUGAAUUGAAAAAACUUUCCAUUGGAGUUGAACAUCUCAAAGGAACUGGCAUAAGACGGAUAAUAAUUUGGUUGCAAAACAUUGAUGGAGCUGUUGGAGAAGAGGCACGAUCUCUGGUCAACAAAUGGAAAGAGAUGGAUGCGGCAGGAGAGAGUGACAGUGACCAAAGUUACUCUGAUCAACAAGAAGAAGACGCCAGCCAUCAUCAAUUAGAAACAACUAGUUAUAACUCAAGCACGUCACCAACUCAUCGUAUAAAGGACAAGGAUUCUAAAAAGAAAGAUUCACUCAAGGACAAAUGUAAAGAAGAAACGAAAAUUUUAUCAGGAAAUCGUUCUAGUGGUCUUGCGUUUGUACCAAGAUUGAAAGAGAGCUGCAGCAGGCUUUUACAAUCAAAUGUGGAUUAUAAAUAUAAUAAAAUAUGACCAUCUCUCGAUUACCUAAGAGUGCCGCAUGAACUUAUUCGUCCCGUACUUAAGAGAGCCAAUUCUCAUCAGUUGUAUUUACUGGAACGCCAAAACCCCUAUUUAUUGGAGGACACGGACGAGCUGUGGAAGGUUCUUUGUCAAAAGGAAUAUAGGAAAGCUGUUCCAGAGGAAAAAGGAACUUGGCGAGAUGUGAGAACAAGUCUAAAAUGUAAGAACGAAAGUGAAGAACGAUUCAAGAGUGUCACAUCAAGUCUCAAACAGUCAAUGGCAGAGGCUACACCACAGCGCACCACCAAGUUGGCAUACGUUGAGAGUGUGGCUAAAGCACUGCGAGGUGUAGGCAAACCAGGAGAGGCUAGACGAGGUGCAUCUGCUGUGCUGGCCAGCAUGACGAACGCAAAGUCUGGAGCUCGUCCAUUUGAAGCCUCAGCUAAUCAUGCUGGAAACGGAAGCACUGCCGUGGCCGAAGUAUUAAAAACGGAUGGGUCUGCUCCGCGAUCUUCUAGCUCUUCUUCCGCAUCUGCGGCCAAGAAACCGAAGGUAGCACCCUUAAUGCAGAAGACUCUCCUGGAAGCCUGGAAAAAUCGUCGUCUUCAAUAA